UGGGUGGGUCCACACGUUAACUCACUGAAGCUCAAUAAUUGGCUGCUCCUUCCUUUGUUGAAGUUUUUAGUUAUAUGCAGCGCUAGUCAAAAUAAAUAAUUAAAUUAAAAAGAACCAUGAACUAUCAGUAAAGUUGUUCCUUCCUUCCUUCCUUCCCAGCAACUUCUUUCUUGUCAAACAACACAACUAUUUUCCUUUCCACAUCUCAUCACAAUGAACUAGCUUAACCUAUACUCUUAUCUGAUCCGUGCUUCUUCUUCUUCUUCUUCUGAAUACUGCCUCAGCAAACCAGCACUUGAAGAACAUCGAUCAAUAGCUGAAUCCAGAGCCACUUAUCAAAAUGCUUCGACAGAAUGAUCCAGUUUCGCAUCAUGUUGACAGAUCUUUUUGGGAAUAUGUUGAAAAGAUGGAUGAUGGUCGCAUGAGCUGUAAGUUUUGUGGGCAUUGUUUUGCCAAAGGUACUUCCAUUUCGAGGAUCAAAUUGCAUUUAGCAGGAGUGACAGGCCGUGGUGUUAAAAUUUGUGGACAAGUGCCUCAAGAUGUCCAAGACGCAGCCCUUGCAGCAAUUGAUGGCCCUCCAGAAAAGAAACUUAAAACUGUAGCAGGCUCAAGCAAUAACGAUGUCACUAAUGAAAUUUCAGCUUCAGCACAACAGCAGAACAAUGAAAUGAUGAUGGCACACCAACUAGAAGAUCUUUGGCUCGAAGAUUGGAUGGCUAGCAUCACUGUUGAAGACAUGGAGCAUCUGGAGAGAGGUAGCUUUCAUGAGAGGCCAUCAUUUAAUCAAGCUGAUGAGGUGGAUGUGGAGAGCAAUACUGGAAGAUUUAUGCAGCCUGGUGCAAGAGCUAGCUCUUCUGGAGUCCUAAAUUACAACACAAGUGAGACUAGAGGAGAUCCACUAUCUUGUGCAAUUUCAGCUUCUGCUCAAGAACAUAACAAUAAAGUGACACAUGUAGAAAUGGCACAAGGACAACCUUUUUUCACUAGGGAAAUUGCACGUGAUUUGUUUAGAGGAAGGAGUGAACUUGUGCAUAAUGCACCGGAGACUAGACCACUGACUGAGCAAGCUAGUCCAGAGACUGAGCUUCCAUGGUGUCGUUAUUCCCCUGAGGAGCUUCCGCAUGAUGCAUUUGAGACUAUACCGAGAACAGAGCAAGCGCCGCUUCUGGAGAGAGGUAGCUCUCAUGACAGGCAAUCAAUUAAUCAGGUCUAUGAGCCUCGAGAAGAUUCAUCCCAACCAGCAGAUCUAUUGUGUCUUGGCCACGCAAGAUAUGAUGAUCAACUCUGCUCUCCAGCAGUAAACAAUGAUGCCAUUAUGAAUGAUGUGCAGAACAUGGAUAGAAUGAGGAAAGAACCAGUGGAGAAGGAGGAGGAGGAUAUGGAGAACAAUAGUGGAAGAUCAGUGCAGCCUGGUGCAGGAGCUAACUCUUCUGUAGGGCUUAAACACAACACAAGUGAGACUAGAGGAGCUCCUUUACCAAUCGGCUCUACAAAGCUAGUGGGUCAAGCAUUUGAAGAGAAUAAAAAAGUGAUAUGGUCUUGGUUGAUGGAUGAUGAAGUUUCAACCAUUGGCAUUUACGGGAUGGGGGGAGCUGGUAAAACUACAAUGUUAAAACAUGUCUAUAACGAGCUUCAACAAAUUGCUGAUAUUUUUCCUCAUGUUUACUGGGUGACCGUAUCUCAAGAUUUCAGCAUUCAAAAAUUGCAGAAGAAGAUCGCAAAACGUAUAAAGUUAUCUCUUUCCAAUGAAGAGGAGGAGUUGCUCAUAGCUGCAGAAUUGUCACUAGAACUAAUGAAGAAAUCAAAAUGGAUUCUAAUUUUAGAUGAUUUGUGGAACUCUUUUGAGCUACAAGAAGUGGGAAUUCCUGUUCCAUUGAAAGGAUGCAAGCUGAUUAUGACAACUCGAUCAAAAGAGGUUUGUGGACGAAUGGAUUGCCGAAACAAUAUCAUAGUGAAUCCUCUUUCUGAUGUAGAUGCUUGGACUUUGUUCAGGGAGAUCCUUGGACAUGACAGACAUCUCUCUACAGAAGUGGAACAAUUUGCAAAAUCUAUCACAAAUGAGUGUGAUGGUUUGCCGCUAGGAAUUAAAACAAUGGCUGGAACCAUGAAGGUGGUGGAUGGCAUACACGGGUGGAGUAAUGCUUUAGAACGACUGAGACAAUCAAGAGUUGGGCCAAAUGGCAUGGAAAGGGUAUUUUCAUCAUUGAGAUUUAGUUACACGCACCUAAGCAAUGAAGCUAUGCAAAAAUGUUUCUUGUAUUGUGCAUUUUUUCCAGAAGACUCUGCUAUCAAUAGACUGGAAUUGAUACUUUAUUUGAUUGAUAUGGGAGUGAUACAAGGGCUGACGAGUAGGAAGGCAGAAUUUGAUGAAGGCCAUUCCAUGCUUGAUAAACUUGAAAAAGUCUGCCUAUUGGAAAGAAAACGUCUUGGUGGUGCUGUAAUGAUGCAUGACUUGAUUAGGGACAUGGCCAUCCAAAUACUGGAAGAGAACUCUAGAGCCAUUGUUAAAGCCGGUGCACAAUUAAAAGAAUUGCCGGAUACAGAGGAGUGGACAGACAAACUUACGACCGUUUCACUAAUGCACAACCAAAUUGAAGAGAUUUGUUCCAGCCAUUCAGUGAGGUGUCCAAAUCUGUCAACCUUAUUGCUGUGUAGUAAUCAUAGGUUGCGAUUCAUUGCGGGUUCAUUUUUCGAGCAAAUGCAUGGGCUCAAGGUCCUCGAUCUGUCUGAAACAGCUAUUGAAUGUUUGCCUGAUUCUGUCUCUGAUUUGGUGGGUCUCACUUCACUGUUGCUCAAACAUUGUCGGAGGUUAAGCCGUGUACCAACAUUGAAAAAGCUCAGGGCACUGAAGAGGUUAGAUCUCGCUCGUGCUCCACUUGAAGAGAUUCCUCAUGGCAUGGAAUGUCUAUCCAGCCUGAGGUAUCUAAGAAUGAAUGGAUGUGGCGAAAACAAGUUUCCCUGUGGGAUAUUAACUAAACUCCCUCACCUGCAAGUCUUGAUACUAGGGGAACAGCUUCUACAGGCGAGAGGAAAAUACAUGGGGGAAAGAUAUUUUCUAGUAAAAGUUGAAGGAAAGGAAGUAGGAUGCUUGAGGAAGUUGGAAAGUUUGGAAUGCCAUUUUGAAGAUCACUCUAACUACGUGGAGUACCUCAAAUCUCGGGAUGAGACCCAAUCACUAAGCACAUACAAAAUUGUUGUAGGAAAGUUCAGGGAAGGCGAACUCGGGGAAUUAAAGUACAGUGGUCCCGGAAGUAAAAUGGUUGUUUUGGGUAAUUUGAAUAUCAAUAGAGAUGGAGAUUUUCAGGUCAUCUCCCCAAAUGACAUUCAACAACUAAUUUGUAGAUGUAUCGAUGCGAGAAGUUUAGGCGAUGUUUUGUCAUUAAAGUAUGCAACUGAACUGGAGUAUAUCAAGAUUUUGAAUUGC